AUCGUUAGAAGUACCGCGAGAGAGAUUGAAAAGCAGACGGAGCAAAAGUCUGCGCUCGCAUCUCUCUCGCGGAACUUUGAUGUCAUAAUCCGAUCGUUGUAAGCAGCGCCUAAUAAAGUCCGAACACACAUAUUUGGUCAGUCCAUUUUCGGUGCUCUUACAUCAAUCAAUCCCGCUCACUAAAAGCAACGCCAGAAUGUCUACGUACCGCAGUUUAAAGAGCAAAACAACAUCUCUGCCAUCUUUGCUUAGUCGCAACCUCGUGUAAGGUCGUACUCGCCUCAAACCGUUUUGUAAAUAAAGACGUGAAAUGCUACCAAAACGCCAUCAACCAACGUGUCUGGAGUCAACCCAUCGUUAGCAUUUGUGCACAAACGUCUAUAUAAGAUAAAUAUCGCCCUCGUUACCGUUGCGUUUAGGAAACUUAGAAGAGCCACAAAACUACUUCUGAUUUCAUGGAAACCUUCAGUGUUGAAGAUGCAGUUGAGGCUAUUGGUUUUGGAAAAUUCCAAUGGAAGCUGUCCCUGCUAACUGGAGUUGCAUGGAUGGCCGAUGCCAUGGAAAUGAUGCUCCUUAGUAUUGUAGCUCCUCAGUUGCGCUGUGACUGGAUGCUUCCUAGCUGGAAAGUGGCAUUUAUAACAGCGGUAGUGUUCGUUGGAAUGAUGGUCAGCUCGUCCCUUUGGGGGAACAUCUCAGACAAAUAUGGCAGAAAAGUGUGUUUAAUACUCUGCAUGCUGUGGACACUGUACUAUGGGCUGCUCAGUGCUUUUGCACCUGUUUAUGGUUGGAUCUUAAUCUUGCGAGGUCUUGUGGGAUUUGGCCUGGGAGGAGCCCCUCAGUCAGUGACGUUAUAUACAGAAUUCCUCCCGGUGAAAUACAGAGGGAGCUCCAUAAUCCUGUUAGGGUCUUUCUGGGCCCUGGGUGCUGUGUUUGAAGUGCUACUGGCUAUGCUGCUAAUGCCCACAUUAGGCUGGAAGUGGCUGCUUGUUCUGUCCACGCUGCCUCUCCUUGUUUUUGCUGCCUCCUGCUGUUGGUUACCAGAGAGUGCAAGAUUUGAUGUGCUGAGAGGCAGAGAGGAUAAGGCGCUGAACACUCUGAAGAAAAUAGCUGCAGCCAAUGGCAGGUGUUUGCCUAAAGGAAGACUUUUAGCCAACAGACAGCCUGAUCGGGGUAGAAUCAGAGAUCUCUUUAUUCCAGAAUACAGAAGGACAACACUUCUCAUCUGGUUUAUCUGGUUUUGCAAUGCGUUUUCCUACUAUGGUCUUGUGCUGCUGACGACUGAGCUAUUCCAGGCAGGAUCUGUAUGUAGUGUGACUGACGGCUCUGGCCUGGAGCCUCGUUGCAGUUUGGGCUGCAAAUAUUUAACUUUUCAUGAUUACACAGACCUUCUGUGGACCACAUUAGCAGAAUUCCCAGGUCUUCUGGUGUCCCUCUGGAUCAUUGAUCGGAUUGGCCGAAGAAAAAGCAUGGCACUUUGCUUUGUAAUAUUCUCUCUGUGUAUUUUGCCACUCUACGCCUGCACACAAAGGACUGUUCUCACAAUCUUCAUAUUCAUUGCUCGAGCCUGUAUAUCAGCAGGCUGGCAGAUUGCAUAUGUUUACACACCUGAGGUAUUCCCUACAGCAACAAGGGCUAUUGGUAUUGGUACAAGCAGUGGCAUGGCUCGUAUAGGAGCUCUCUUCACACCCUUUGUUGCUCAGGUCCUUCUGAAAUAUUCAGUUUAUUUGACUCUGUCUGUGUAUCUUAUAUGUUGUUUGCUGGGCGCAGCAGCAUGCUGGGUUUUGCCUAUAGAGACCACAGGACAGAGCCUAUCGGAAUCAACUCCAACUAUGAUGGAACAUGUGAAAACUGAGAGACCGCAAAGCUCUGCCGACUCCUCCAGCAACAUGUGUCAAUAACAGCGAAGUGAGGGUAGAAAUGUCAUUUAAUGUUGCUGCAAAUUCAAACUAUAUGGAGAGAGUAAUAAUUUUGUAUGUAAAAGUAAAUAAACAGUGCGGCAUUGGUA